GAUGCCAUACCUAUCAUAUGUCGUGUUGCCCAGUCCUUCUCGUCGGACGCAUCGCCAUGAGAGCCGUGGGCGCUGGCAGUCGUGCUCAACGCAAGCAAAGCAGCCCCUAGGCCGAGGAAUGGGAAGAGCAUUAUUAAUCUAGCCCCUCCGUCAAUAAACAAGCCAAGAAAACGACAAACGAGUCUCAACCGACAGUUGAUCGUUCUUUGUAUGAACAGUCGAGCUGGCAGUUGUGGUGGGAGACUCGUGUUUGCACUGUUUGCUCCUCACCACCUGACACCACGACAAAUCCCGUUCCGGGCCGGGAACUUUUUCGUUGUCAAGAGUUGACAAAGUCGCACCUGCUUCUGAGCGAAUUGAGGCAUCGCAGGGCUCACGGCUGGUUUUUGGAUCGUCCCGGUUUCUUGUUUCUGCAAUCCUACACGUACACGAGAGAGGAGCGAUGCAGCGAUAGAGAAUGCAGAGUCUGUGGUCCCGCGCCGCGGCGUCGCCGUCGACCUGCCGUUGCGUCUCCUGCCUGAGCACGGCCAGCCAGGGACUGGCGUCACGAUCGGCCUCGGCGGCGAGCAGGAGGCGUCUUCGGAUUGCGAACUCCGUCACAGCGUUAUACUCGAGUAUCUUUGCUGCCGCAGCGCUCGCUGACGCGCGGGCCAAGGACCAGCGACGGCUGGAGUUACAGGAACAGAUCGCCGCGGCGAAGGAGGAGUUCAAUGAGCUGGUCGACGAGGAGACUCGGCUGGUGAAGAUCCUGGCCUCGCGGAGGGACCGACAGGUGUUCGGUCGACCGGUACAGACUCGACAGUUCAGCACAGCCACGCCAUGGUACUCGGAUGCAAACUCGUGGGGGUUAAGGCGGAACCACCCAGCACACAAUGGCCAUGGGGAUAUCAAAACGUUGCAGACCAUCUUUGCUGAGUCUACAGAGAUGGAACCUGGUCAACUGGAGCGGCAUGCCCUCGAAGACGUCCCUGGGUAUGUGGGCGAUGAGAUGGACGAAAAGUUUGACAUGGAUGACGACCAUAUCGAUGAUGCCGGCUGGAAUGGAGAGCUGCCAAACUGGCUUUCCACUGACGUUGCUCGGAUGAAGGCCAUUCAGAUGCUGGCAAUCAAGCAGCUGGCGAUCCGUUACAUGCUCCGACCCGCUCUGGCACACAACUACUCGGGGCUGCCCAUGCGCUACAAUGCCGAUUUUGAGACCCCCCAGUUGAAGACGACGGAACUGCUGAAAGAGUUGAACGUCGUCCGACGCAGGAUCCAGCAAUUGAAGAACUCGCGAACGGCGCCCUUUGACGACUUGAGAAAGAACAAAACAGUCCUGCCCGAGGAACUUCUAUCCCACACAAAGAAGCUUGAUGACGAGCUGGAAGGCGUGAUCGACCGGUAUCUCAGCGACUCAAUUUCUCUACCAGAAUUUCUCCUCAGACUCUCGGGCAAUCUCAUGCAUUCAGCAGACCCGGAUCGCCCCAGAGCCUUCCGAAUGAUUAUACUCGCAUUCACCAAAACUCACCAGAAUGACCUGGUGGAUCUCACCCUCAGGACAUUACUACCGAAUAAGUUUCUGUUGACCACAUCGCUAAUCACCACCAUCGUGGCCUUUUUCCGCAAGUCUAAAAACCUCCAGGGAUUCGAUUCGUUCAUGAAGAUGUUACGCGGGGAAGGACAUCCGGUGAAUCUUGGAUUGCUGCACCCGUAUCAACGCAGAGUUAUCAAUCACGUCGAGAUAACCGUGCCACCGUUCGACGGGACUAACCCCGUCAUCUACGCGGCAUUGAUUCACGCAGCACUGCGUUUCAAUCAACCGCAUCGUGCCGACGCCUGGCUUCAAGCGGCUCGGUCCACCGGAUUCAUGGAUGAUCAGGUAACGAUCACUGCUUAUCUGAGACACUACACGCUUCGAAAGGACUGGGAGGGUGCCAUACAAGUACUCAGACGAUCGCUAGCAUUCAUUGCAUCGUCCAGCCAGCACGAUGUAUCACGUAUCGAAAAGAUAAUCGUACUGAUGGUGUAUCUGUGUGAUUCAUGCCGAAAGCCCGAGGUGGCUCAAUUGAUCAUCAACGCUGCAGUACGCAGUGGGUUCGACUGGGGAGCCGCCGAAGAGCAGACCGAGGUGGAGUCUCGGUUUGAUCCGCAUCUGGAGCGGUGGCGGCAAGCUGCCCAGGCUAUUCCAGACACAAAUCCCAACCAACUGUCCUGGGAAAAGUUCCAUAGCUUUUCAUCAGAGGUCGGGGCACGGUUAGACGCGCACGAGCUGCAUCACAACGUCUCAUCUGAGGCAUUACGAGAGAGACAGGCCAACCGACUAUCAGAAGAUGUUCUUUACAAGACGCUUUCGGGCUACAGUGACAAGCCGAUCGAGUUGACCGAGGAGGAGCGACUCUCAGCCGGGACUGACCAGGCGUCCAUCAGUCGACCCGCAGAGCCAUUCUUUAGCCCGAUCAGUGAGCAGGAUGAGAAGAUCACGAGUCUCCGCAAGGAGGUCUCGCUGCUCAAGAAGAUUGUCCUCCAGCUACAUCAGGCUCAUCUCGACGGCGGGCAGUACCUACGACACGAUGUACCUGACCGUGCGCUCGACACAUCGUCGUUACCCGGCGACGCUGCUUUCAAAGACGACUACGAGAUGAUAGAAUCCGUAACGGCGAGCCCGAAUCAUGUCGAAGAAGAUACUGACGUGUCCAUUAUCGGUGACUUUCGCAACCUGGUCCCUUACCCUACCAAGCUACAGGAACAGGCCGAUCUGAACAAAACCUCCAACACUACUCUGAGCCGGAAACUGCAAUACGCUUGACCAUGCACUAAAUAUACAAAAAAAAAGAAAAAAUAUCGGCGCAAGAGACCCUUGACGAGCUUCAUUUGGGGGGGGUAUGAUUCGAUCUGUAUUAUCUACUUCCACUGAUCUAGUAUAG